AUGCGGUCUUUGGAAAACGUCACCUUGAAGAUCUGCUUCACAGAGGUCUUCCCAUACGUCGUCAGCGUGGGGGAUGGAAUCACGCCAAAAGGCAUGCAGGGAUCGAUUUUCACGAACAUCACAGAGUCAAUGGGGCUCAAAUGGAUCCGCGUGCCCGCGCCGAACAACAAAUGGGGAGAGUGCGACAUCAACGGGACGUGCCACGGUCAGCUCGAGCCUCUCAAACAAGGUACCGCAGAUAUUGCAUUGGGGCCGAUUGUGCUCUCGAAUGAAGUGUUCACCACUCUGAGAAGCGGCUGGCCUACCUACUUCUCGACUUUGGACCUCCUCGCCGGUUUCAAGAGCCCUUUCAAGUCUAGGGGUCAUCUGGGUCUCUUCAAUUUAUACCCGAUUCCGAUAUGGGCUUCCAUCCUUCUCUGCCUCUUCAUCCUACCAGUUUUAGCGAAGCUUCUGUCGAGAUUCGGCACCAUCGCCGAUAGAGCUACUCUCGCCGAACAUUGGUCGUCAUUCAUGGAGAUAUUCCUACUGGAGUGUCCAUCGUUCCAGUAUUCGACGAAUCCGAUGCGAGUAUUGUUCGCGAGUUGGAUGCUGGCAGCUUUCGUCCUGAGCUCGCUCGGCAGUGCGACGCUCAAGUCUGUCAUGACGGUCAUCAGUCCCGCGAGUAAGCUCGAAACACUUCAAGACAUCCUCCGUGUCGAUAUCAGCAAGACCACCAUACGGACGACCGCAGGCACCGGCCUCAUGGACAUGCUGGAAACCUCCGCGCUCGAACCAAUAAGAAGUCUCGCGAAGAAGAUCAUCGACAGUGAGGGCUUGACGCACCCGCUGGACAUCGGGACCACUUGGAUGCUGCGGGAACUGGAAACGGAGAAAUCCGUUUUCAUCCUUGGCUGUGAAGUGGUGUUCCCCUUCCUCUACUCGCCGCCAUCACUCAAACUACAAGGAACUCAAGGAUACACCUACUGCAGCAAAGACGUGAUGGGGUUCUAUCUCUCAGGCUGGGUAGCUUCGAGAAGGAAGGACCCCAUAUUCCAGUUCAUCCUGGACGAGUUCGACAAGCGGUGA